AUGGAGAAUCCCGAUAAAUGGCUUUACGCCAACGCACGACACAUGCUUUCCAUUGAAGAACAAAGACAAGAGACCUCGAAAUCAGACUUGGACAUCUCAAAACCCAGCUAUAACGCACUUGUUCCAUCACGAGCUUUCGCUAUUAUUCUCUUGCAGACGGGGAACGAGCUUGGCGCCAUAUCCGGGAAUGGCAUCGAAGGUCUCUUUGAAUAUCGAAGAGAGUAUUGUCGCAGAUUUCACUUCUGUGACGAAAAUCGCGAGCACCUCCAAAUUACUGACUUGGAGAUACACCCAAGAAGUGGAGACCGUGGACGUUCCAAGGCCGAGUUCAGCCCUCGUGUGACCUUUAUUACUAUUCCAUCUAGCAGUCUUUACCUUUUCGCGGAUGUCAUGGAGUUCGUGGAGAUGGGCAUAUCACAGGCUGCGGUGUCUUCCGACCCAUCUUCACAAGCACAUCUUCACAAGCACAUCUUCACAAGCACAUCUUCACAAGCACAUCUUCACAAGCACAUCUUCACAAGCACAUCUUCACAGGCAUAA